UUCCAAAGCUACCGGAAUGACAAAAACGUACGGUGAUGUGUUCACUCUGUGGAUGGCCCACAAUCCCAUGGUGAUCCUGAACGGUCAGGCUGUCAUUUGGGAAGCGUUGCUGGAGCGGAGACACGAGUUCGCCGGACGCUUCCAGACCAAAAUGGGGGAAAUACAGACUCGGGGAAACCAUGACAUCUUUUUCGAAGACUACAACCCACGAUGGAAGGCACUCAGGAAGGUCGCUCUUCUGGCUGUUAGGAAGUACGCCGUGAGCGAUUCCUUGGAAAAGCUAUGCGCAGACGUUGUAGACGCCUACGUAGACUCCUUGCCUAACGGGCCUCAGGUCAUCGACUCGAGAAAGCCGUUCUUCUACUUGCUCUACAACGUGGUAGGGGUAUCCGUCUACGGCACAGAUUUGAGCGAAGAGGACAAGGAGAUCCGGCGCCUGGAAGCGAUCGCCACUCAAUUCCUUGAGAUCGCACCCAAUGGACUGCCGAGCGACAUCGCUCCCUGGUUGGCAUUCCUGUAUCGCAGACGGGAGAAAAGGGUCGAAAGUCUGUUUGCAGAGUUCAGGGUGAUCGUUGACAGGCUUUUCACCAAGGCUGAAGCCACCUACGUCCCAGGCAGUACCGAGAACUUCACGCACGCCAUAAUUGGUGCUAGGGAAGAAGCUAUCCGGGAGGAGAAAGAAGACGUUGAAUACCUAACCAAAGAAAAUAUGGUGCAGGUUGUUAUGGAUAUCUUUGGAGCUGGGACUGACACUUCGGCUGUAAAACUUCAGUGGCUGUUUCUAAUGAUGGCCAAGGAACCGAGCAUACAAGAAAAAAUCCAAAAAGAAAUCGACGACACCAUCGGGAACACGCCACCAGUUUACAAGGAUAGAGCCGGACUUCCCUAUACUGUAGCAUGCCUGCUGGAAGCACUUCGAUUCAGGCCCAUAGCUCCACUCGGUCUACCUCACAAGACGUGCACGGAGACCACAGUUGGAGACGUGGUCAUACCGAAGGACACUGGAAUACUUUACAACAUAUACGGCGUAAACCACGACCCCAAAUUGUGGGAGCAGCCGGAAGAAUUCAGGCCCGAGCGUUUCUUGGAUACGGCCACGGGAAAAGUGCGCCAGGACAAGGGCCCUCUGAUAACCUUCGGUGUGGGACCCCGGAAAUGUCCAGGAGAGAAGCUGGCGCACGUGCAAAUGUUCUACGUCCUCGUGCGGCUCAUGCAGCGACUAAGUUGCAGCGCAUCAGGGAAGCCUUCGGAUGUGAACUUAAACGGCAGUGGCUCCAGCAUGCUUCUCUUGGCCGAAAAGCAGAACAUUGUGCUCACGAGACGGAACUAGGCUUUGGUUCAGCCCGUGGCCCUGUUUUUAUUAUUUUUUUUUCAUAACGGCAUAAAGUAUACCAAACUUGUG